UGAGGGUAGGAGGCCAACGACAUUGGCAUUGAGGGCCUCCGAAGCCAAGAGGUGACCCGGCAGGCCGGGCAGGGCUGAGCGGCUGGGCGGAGCACGUGAUGCUUCCAGCUUGCUUCCCUGGCCCUCCGGGUGCCUGAGGCUGAAAUCGACUUUGCCUGUGGCAGGAAAAUGAGCGUGUCAGUUUCCGCCUCGCUUGGACCCUCAACCCUAAGGAGCAGGGGAUUUUGGUAGCAUUUUAACUUUAUAUGCCAGAAUCUGAAAGCGAAAGGCGCUCGGAGCCAGUAAUAAUUUGGUUUUCUCCUGUGUGCUGUUUGUUUCUCGUAAUUCUUUGGGGAAGGCCAGACGAGCUGCACACGUCGAGCAUCACUCGUUCCUCGCCGCCCGGGACUGCCAGGGUCUUUCCCCGGACCCCCCACCGACCUCCCGCCUCGCCCUGAGGCGUCACGUGGCAGCGUGGGGCCCGCCCCGCCGUGACGUCACGGCGCUCGCAGCCGUCGCGCUGAAGAAAAGAUGCUCUAGGAUACUGUCCAGGUGGGCGGCCGGGCGGCGCGAUGCGGCAAUGCAGGUAUAACUAGCAUGGUCAAUGCAGGCGCCAUGAGUGGCUCUGGAAACCUGAUGGAUUUCCUCGAUGAGCCAUUCCCUGAUGUGGGGACAUAUGAAGACUUCCACACCAUUGACUGGCUAAGGGAAAAGUCACGGGACACCGACAGACACAGGAAGAUAACCAGCAAAAGCAAGGAGUCUGUGUGGGAGUUCAUCAAGAGUUUGCUGGAUGCCUGGUCAGGAUGGGUGGUGAUGCUGCUCAUCGGCCUGCUGGCAGGCACUCUGGCUGGGGUCAUUGAUCUUGCUGUGGACUGGAUGACAGAUCUGAAGGAGGGGGUCUGCCUGUCUGCCUUCUGGUACAGCCAUGAACAGUGCUGCUGGACUUCCAACGAGACUACUUUUGAAGACAGGGACAAGUGUCCCCUAUGGCAGAAAUGGUCGGAGCUGCUGGUGAAUCAAUCAGAGGGUGCCAGUGCUUAUAUUCUGAAUUACUUAAUGUACAUCCUGUGGGCACUGCUGUUUGCAUUUUUGGCCGUCUCCCUGGUGCGUGUAUUUGCGCCAUAUGCCUGUGGCUCUGGUAUACCAGAGAUAAAGACUAUUUUGAGUGGCUUCAUCAUCAGGGGCUACUUGGGGAAGUGGACUCUGCUAAUCAAGACGGUCACCCUGGUGCUAGUAGUGUCCUCUGGCCUGAGCCUUGGGAAAGAAGGGCCAUUGGUGCACGUAGCCUGUUGCUGUGGCAACUUCUUCAGCAGCCUUUUCUCUAAGUACAGCAAGAACGAGGGCAAGAGGCGCGAGGUGCUUUCAGCUGCAGCAGCUGCUGGAGUCUCCGUUGCCUUUGGUGCGCCGAUUGGGGGUGUGCUUUUCAGUCUUGAAGAGGUCAGUUACUACUUUCCCUUGAAGACCUUGUGGAGGUCAUUUUUUGCAGCUCUGGUGGCGGCCUUCACACUUCGAUCCAUCAAUCCCUUUGGGAAUAGCCGCCUUGUUCUCUUCUACGUGGAAUAUCAUACGCCCUGGUACAUGGCUGAACUCUUCCCCUUCAUCCUGCUUGGGGUCUUUGGGGGCUUGUGGGGAACUCUCUUCAUCCGCUGCAACAUUGCCUGGUGCAGGAGGCGCAAGACCACCAGGCUGGGGAAAUACCCAGUGCUGGAGGUCAUCGUGGUGACUGCCAUCACUGCCAUCAUCGCCUACCCCAAUCCCUACACACGUCAGAGCACCAGUGAGCUCAUUUCUGAGCUGUUCAAUGACUGUGGGGCCCUGGAGUCUUCCCAGCUCUGUGACUACAUCAACGAUCCCAACAUGACCCGGCCUGUGGAUGACAUUCCAGACCGCCCAGCUGGGGUCGGGGUUUACAGGGCCAUGUGGCAGCUGGCCCUCGCACUGAUCUUCAAAAUUGUUGUUACCAUAUUUACCUUUGGCAUGAAGAUCCCGUCGGGCCUCUUCAUCCCCAGCAUGGCUGUGGGAGCAAUGGCAGGCAGGAUGGUAGGAAUUGGCGUGGAGCAGCUGGCCUACCAUCACCAUGACUGGAUUAUCUUCAGGAACUGGUGCAGACCUGGGGCAGACUGUGUCACACCAGGACUUUACGCUAUGGUGGGAGCUGCCGCCUGCCUAGGUGGAGUUACCAGGAUGACAGUGUCAUUGGUGGUCAUCAUGUUUGAAUUAACGGGUGGUCUGGAGUACAUCGUGCCCCUGAUGGCGGCAGCAGUGACCAGCAAGUGGGUGGCAGAUGCCUUUGGGAAAGAAGGCAUCUAUGAGGCCCACAUCCACUUAAAUGGGUACCCAUUUCUCGACGUGAAGGAUGAGUUCACACACCGCACGCUGGCCACCGACGUCAUGAGGCCCCGGCGGGGAGAGCCACCUCUCUCGGUGCUCACCCAGGACAGCAUGACAGUUGAAGAUGUGGAGACGCUCAUCAAGGAGACCGACUACAACGGCUUUCCCGUGGUGGUCUCCAGAGACUCAGAGCGCCUCAUUGGGUUUGCCCAGAGGAGGGAGCUGAUCCUUGCAAUAAAGAAUGCCAGGCAGAGGCAGGAGGGCAUCGUGAGCAAUUCCAUCAUGUACUUCACAGAGGAGCCCCCUGAACUGCCAGCCAACAGCCCGCACCCCCUGAAGCUGCGGCGCAUCCUGAACCUCAGCCCUUUUACCGUCACGGACCACACCCCCAUGGAGACGGUGGUGGACAUCUUCCGGAAACUGGGGCUCCGGCAGUGCCUGGUGACACGGAGUGGGAGACUUCUUGGCAUCAUCACGAAAAAGGAUGUUCUGAGACAUAUGGCCCAGAUGGCAAACCAGGACCCGGAAUCCAUCAUGUUUAAUUAGCAACAAGGUGGCAAUUAUUUUAAGAAAAAUACUGACUGUGUCAUUUUAAAAGAAAUAAACAAAUGAUGCAUCAUUAUCCCAGUGAAAAAUCAUGCACUGAGGACAGCAGAAACAAAAGCUUUGUUUGAAAGGAGGGGGAGAAGGAUGAAUCCGUUUUUAAAAAACAAAGACAAAAGCAUCCAUGAGUAGGCAUUUUAUAGCUUUAACCCCCGUAUGAGUUUCAAACUGUGUUUCCUAAUGAGUUCCUAACUGCUGUGGGGGCUUGUGGGUGGGUAUAAGUGAUGUGGUCUGUAUGAGGACGCGGAGCAUGAGCGCCCAGUUGAGAAAACUCUUACCCCUUCUGCUCAAGGCUGAUGUUUGUAACUUAGGAACACAUGUGAAGCCUUGAGCCUAAAAGGCAAAGGGGUGUUGGUGUUCAGCGUCCUUAUUUAUUAGUUCCUGAAGUCUUGCUGCUAUGUUACUGAAUCAUACUAAAGAUAUUUACACUUGUUUUGUUGGAAAAGAAAAAGAAAUUAAAUUUGAACACAGUGAAAGUUGUAAAUAUCCCAGAGGGUCUGAUGGUGACCAUCCCAUUUCCUCCCCCUGUUCUUAGCCUCUUAUUUGCCUCAUCCCUCAGCGUCUGAACCAAUAUCAGGGCUCCUGGCAUGAUAAGUGUGAAGAAAGCAUUCUUCCAUCCAAGACCAGCAUCUUGGGACUGUAGGAUGGAUUUCUGUGUUGUGUCACCUCCUGUACAAAGGAACACGUCCUUAUUUUGAGGGUGUACAUACCUGAUCAUUGAUUUGCAUCCUCAUUCCAUUUGCUUCAUUUAUUUAUUGCUGUUGCCUGCGCAUUCUUAAGUAUUGAUCAGCUCGGCACUUCCCUGGGCCAUACCUGCAUGCCCCCGCCUGCCAGAAGCAUGCUUUAAUUUCCAAGUUGCAUAUUCAAGAGUCAAAACAGGCUACCCAGUGUUCCUACUUACUUUUCCUCUCAGGUCUUACCAGAUACCGCUGCGGAGAGGGUGAGGCACAUGAGUUCUCAGUGGGAACUCCUCCAAAUGGGUUGCAAGGGAAAUACUAAAUUGAUUCUCUAUAUGUUCCAUUCUCUUCUCUGUAGGAUGCAAAAUGUCCAGUUUUAAUGUGUAAGUGUGCACUUUGAUACUAGCAGUCAUAGCUCAGGAGGACAGCAUUAACCUUUAUACAGCCAAAUUGAGCAUUGGGCAUCUUUGUAUUUGAAUUUAAUGACACAUUUAUUCUUUUACUGAAGACUUCUGUCUUUUCUGCAGGAAGACAUUAAGCUAUAUCUUAGGUCCACUGUGUGAUCUGUGUAAAUAGGAUUGAUCCCACUCAUCCUUUCACUUUAGUCUUUGUCCCGUCCUUUUCACAGAGUCAUCUUCAUCCUUUUCAAUCUCAUGUCAUUGGUUAGUGAUGCAUCAGUUAGGUGUGUAUUUAGCUGCAAAUAGAAGAAAACCCAACAGAGUGAAGGGCUGACUCAGAAAUGUCAGACUUGGCUCGGCACCCAUAGCUCAGUGGUUAGGGUGCUGGCCACAUGCAUCAGGGCUGGUGGGUUCGAACCUGGCCAGGGCCUGCUCAACAACAAUGAUAGCAAUAACCAAAAAAAAAAAAAAACAUAGCCGGGCGUUGUGGCAGGUGCCUGUAGUCCCAGCUACUUGGAAGGCUGAGGCAAGAGGAUCACGUAAGCCAAGUGUUUGAGAUUGCUGUGAAGCCACAGCAUUUGACCCAGGGUGACAGCUGGAGACUCUGUCUCAAAACAAAACAAAAUAAAACAUGGGAGUCGGUACUCCAGGACUGUUUCCAUAAUAUCACCAGGGAUCCACACUCUUUUGAUAUUUCUUUUUCACCAUCCUUACCCUUUGUCCUUUGGCUUAUUGCCUGGUACUUAGAAGAUGGGUGCUGAACUGCUGGGUGUCGUGUCUGCUUUCUAAGUGGGAGGGAGGAAGAGGCAAGAAACAAGAUGUAAUGUCUCCACUGGGAAACCAAAGCUUUUCCAGAGCUCUCAGCUCAUGUCCAUUGGCUUGAAGUCUGUCAAGUGGCUCCCUCUAGUGGAACCCUAGUGCGGGGAAAGAAAAGUUUUAGCUAGGCACAUUACCCUUUGAAUGAAAUUCCAUUACUCUCACUAAGGAAGGGAGAUUGGCCCUUAGGAGGGGAAGAUGUCUGCUGUAUUUGAUGUCAUCCUUGUGUCCCCGUCAUUGCCUUUCCUGUCUACUGUCUUAUUGAACCUUUUCAAAUGCUCUUGUAACUUUUCUGCUCCCUACCCCUUCUUUCAGAUUUGACCUAGAAUUGUUUUCUUUUUUUUUAUGACCUAGAAUUCUUGGUCAGAAUCCAUCAUUUCCUAGCCCUAAGAAGAAUUUUCAAUUUUGAUAAAAACCUAGCUACAAGUAGGUUUCUAUGAAACUUCUAGUUCAGGCGUCCUCAAACUUUUUAAACAGGGGGCCAAUUCACUGUCCCUCAGACCGUUGGAGAGCCAGACUAUAGUUUAUUUAUUAUUAUUAUUUUUUUUUUGUAGAGACAGAGUCUCACUUUAUGGCCCUCAGUAGAGUGCCAUGGCCUCACACAGCUCACAGCAACCUCCAACUCCUGGGCUUAAGCGAUUCUCUUGCCUCAGCCUCCCAAGUAGCUGGGACUACAGGCGCCUGCCACAACGCCCGGCUAUUUUUUGGUUGCAGUUCGGCGGGGGCCGGGUUUGAACCCACCACCCUCGGUAUAUGGGGCCGGCGCCUUACCGACUGAGCCACAGGCGCCACCCCAGACUAUAGUUUAAACAAACUAUGAACAAAUUCCUGUGCACACUGCACAUAUCUUAUUUUGAAGUAAAAAACAAAAUGGGAACAAAUACAACUCACACUGCUUCAUGGCCCGCGGGCUGCAGUUUGAGGACGCCUGCUCUAGUUAAUGUACAGAAAUACAUUUUCUCUAGGUUAAAACAUUUUAAGUCAGAUGAUGCUGACACACUGGAAAAUUUGUUUCUGUAGCCCAUUGGCCCCCUCCAAAGUAACAUCAAAUGGUCAUGUCAGUCUGGAAAUAUCCAGGCAAUAGUAGAGAAUUUACUCUUUGGUCUUAGAAUGAAAUUCAUUGUCUCAUUUAUAGCACGUAAGCAUUGAGUAACAGCUGCUGAUAUUGUUACUGGGGUUUCUAUGGAACAUUUGCAAGUGAAACUGGAUUCUCUUAGACUUUAAAUCCUAAAAAGUCUUAAAGAUUGCUUCAUGUAGGCCUCCUCUUAUUCCCAUGUGGUGCCCUCAGAGCCAGCCUGUGAUGGGAAAGAGAGUAUUAGUCAUAGCCUGGCUUUAUAGAAUCCAGGAGGUCCUUUUAGCUGAAGCAAGCAGCCUCAAAAGGGAACAUGAAACAAUGAAAAGAUAGCCAAAGUUCAGUGAAACCAUGGAAUUUCCUUCUAAUCCUGCUAAGGCCAUGGAAGGGAUAAGGGGAUAGUUUACUCUGGGCCAGGGUCACCGAUGUGGAACCCUGGGGAACAUGCUGCCGUGCUCUUUGUCACUCCCAUAGAAGUACGUGGGUAGGGAUUCUGAGGGUGUUUGCUGUACCCAAAUGGAGAACUUCACUUCUGGUGAUGGGAUGAACAGAACUGGGAUGUGGAGGUAAAAUAAACAUCUUUCACAAUAAUUUCUUUUCUUUUCCAGAACCAAAGGCUUUAGACAUUUGUAGAAUUUUUCUGUAUUCUUUUAAAAUUAGUUUUUAAUGUAUAAAAACCAUCAGUACGCCAUGGAGAAGAGCUCUCCAAUAAGGCCCAUCACCUGUUUCUUGCUCUUCCUUGCUAUUAACUAAGAAAACAUGUUGUAGUAGGACACCAAAUAAAGGGGAUCCUGGAAGCGACACAUGCAUUUCUUCUGAGGGUGUUUUUCAGUGCUGUCCUGGGAAUGCAGAUGCUUGCGUGGCUUUUAGUUGCUCAGUAUUUGGCACUCGCUGUUACUUUGCACCAGUUUCAAAGUUCUCUAUUCAGUCCUUUCCAAAGACGUUACAAAGGAGAAAACGUGCAAAUAGAUUUUGAGCCCUAAUAAGUCACAGAAACUGAAAAUUUCAGAGCAGUUUGUUUCACUUAGGUGAGAACUGAUUACUUUAAAUUAUCAACAUGUGCAAAUUUUGCUUAGUAUUCAUUAUCAGAUGCUGGGCUGGGAAAGAUGAGAAACCCAAGGAGAACUAUUGAAUUACCACAUAAUUGUAAUAUUACGCUUUCAUUUUAAUUUCACAUGGGCAGUGUUUUAUCAGGCUAAGCUUCUAGCCUUUGAAAUGAUUUACGCAAGGAGGGAGCCUGUAUAUCUGACUUGGGAAACAUUAACCAGACCUCAUUUUCACCAGUGCAGUAAUAACUAUUUAUUUGCCAUCCUAGAGGUGCUGGGAAUGAGCCUGCGUGCGACUUUUAUGAGAGAUAUUCGCAUUUGGUGUUGGAACAACCACAUAGCAAUGUGUUGGGUUUUUUAUUGUAAUGCUGUGUGUAAACAUUGGCACCUUAUUAAAAAUUAAAUGUUUGAACUCUAUUUUUAAAAAUAAAACAAGCACAGAGUUCUCAACGGGCAUGU